GCGAGUGUCACUGCGGAAGAGGGGUUUGCGCUACAAAAUAUUUAGCCGCUAGCUGUUCGGAACUUGUAACUAUUGGUAGAUUUUUAUCAUUCAAAUAGUUUUAGAUUAAAAUGUGUAACGGCUGUGUCCAAAAAGAGCACCCAGACCGGGGUACCACCUGCCUGGAGGACGGCUCUUACCUGAUGAAUUACCGCGGCUGUGCCGCGUGCCACCAGAGGGACUUUGUCCUGAUUAGAAACAAAAUCCCGGAGGAAGAUGACGGGGUGGAGAUUAUCACAUAUGACCAUGUCUGUAAACACUGUGACCAUGUCAUCGCCAGGCACGAAUACACAUUCACUGUUACUGAUUAUUAUCAGGAGUACACCAUGCUCUGUUUGCUGUGUGGAAAUGCAGACGAUGUGACCUACGCAUUACCAAAUGACCCCAGACUGGCUGCAUUUUAGGCACUGAGUUGGAACGGAUGUGCUGCUGGUCCCCUCCCUUUUCUGUCCUCGCAAUUUCUGCCAUGGAUUCCUGCUUUCUGCAUUUCCUGGGGUGUGUACCGGUAAUACUCCCGAGGCGAUGGAGAGAGCAGGCAUUUCCAAGGACUGAGCCUGAUUGUCGAGCAUUUCUUCCAUAGCCUGCAGCUCCUGCUCCCCAUCUGCAAAAUCACCUGUGCUCAGUCAGAAACCAAUAUAUUGACAAAGAAUUGUAAAUAAACAUUUUUUUUUUAAACAA